ACAUCAACAUGGUGUUCCGUGUCGCGGAACAGAUCCUGGGACGCAAAGACUCCCAGGAGAAUGGUACCUGCGCGACUGCGUUUGACCUCUAUGGCGCCACAGAGGAAGCAAUGCGAACGGCGGAUGUUAUGUCAUCGUUUAUGGACGCCCCACCACUGGCACGCGACGAUCUUAUAUUCUCCACGCAGGAAUCUCUGGACUUCAAAGAACUACUUCAGCUUACCGUACUUCGCAUCAUAGUGACUCAUGGAGGCAACACUUUCUCUCGCUUCCGCGCACAAGUCGACUCGUUCGGUCCACUUCUCGACACCCGCAUUCCCCUGCACCGUACCAACAUCUACCCUCUGCCGUCGAUGAAGAUUGACGAGUCUACUAUUGUCGGCAACGCGGAUGUGACCAAAGCUGUCCUGUCUGAGCUUGGCAAGGAUAUGAGCUCGCCGGAGUUUGGCAAGGUUGUACAAGUCAUCGCCGGUGAUCAGCUCUCUAUCGCACGGCUUCGUUCGCUGACAAGGAAUCGCUCUGGGCACGACAACUUCCCAAACUCUUUCCUAUGGGCUCUAGUCAUGCCUGGGAUUUUCCACUACAAGAUGGCUGCGACACAUGGUAUCAUGGAGCUCUUCUAUGGUCGCACCACGAGCCACCGCAACCCCGGCUCCCUCGCAUUCCAUAACACUGUGCUCGACCGUAAGCCAAUCACCUUGACCUCCCUUCCUCCAUUCCGGACCUGCCAAGACCUCAUCUUCGUCUCUCUGUACGCCCGUAUCCUCGUCUGUCUGGAGAUCGUCACUGGAAGGACUGACCUCGAUGAAUACGGCCAAACUGUCUCCUGGAGCCGACUCAAGGACGAUGUGGCUGAGAUAGUGCGGCGAUUCACCACUAGCCGGACUGUUGGCUCCCUGCGAACCUCCCGCGCAGCUGAGCUGCGAGCACAGCCGGACAAAACCACAGCCGAAGUUGACAAGGACAGCACCACUGCUCACCCAGAGACUGGGCCGCACCGCCUUUCUCAGGGAGACAUGGUCUUCGAGAAUGCAAUCCUUUUCAUGCGCGAUGCUCUCGUCCUCCGUGCCUUGACCGAUGCGGUCAAAACGGGCGUCUCAGGACGGCUUGUACUGCUUCUGAAGGCACUCGCACUCAUCUACCGGGGCUCGGGAAGGACAAAGUAUGCCCAAGAAGUGCUCUUCCUCGUCCACAAUCUAACUCAUGUCUGGCCAGAGGAGCUGCGGAAAAUCGUCCUGAACAACUGGCUCGUCAAUCCGACGGGACGGGAAUCCUCGUGGGUCGAAGUGGACCUACUGCAAGAGCACAUGAACUACUGGAUUAAGACCAUCUACAAAGCGCAUGGUUCGAACGCGUCGUGGGAAUGGCUGGCGAUGGUCUCGCCGUGCAUUGACAUCCUGCGCCGACUCUCCACCCAACUCAACGACUCACUGGGCGCAAAGCAAGGCUCGAAGCACACGAGUCCUAGCCUCGAGAGAGACAUCACCGUGUUGAUGCAAUCUCUGCGACAACAUCGUGUGUACGAACUCGAGCCUGGGCGCGAGAUCGACGAUGACAAGGCAGUGGUGCCCGACUCUUACACCUUGGGCCUGGAGCUACUGGAGGGCCCACUUGACGAGUUCAAUCGCAGCAUUGCGAAGCUGCAGGCGCGCUGUCGGAGCACACCUUUGGUAGGUGGCAGAUACCCCGGGACGAGCCCUACAGGUGAAUCAACCACACAGACGGAGAUCGAUCAGAAUGACGGUGAAGUAGAGAGUCGUGUUACCUCAACCAAUGCUAAAGAAGCCGUCGACGCGUCGGAAUCGGAUUCCGACGACGACGUUUCCGACGAUGAAGGUGAUGUUGAGGAUGACCAUCGGCCUCAGGCGAUGUUCUCGUUGGAUAUGGCAGGCGACGUGGCUCUCGAUCCAGACCUUCUAGACGACUUUGAAUUUGGUAUAUAGUGUACAAUUGUUUUUGUGCUAUGUACAGGCCAACUCUCGUGUC